CAUCCAAUCUUCUCAUCAAGCAUACACACUACAACAAUAAUACUUAGUUUCCUAAGGAGUAGCGAGUUUUUGCAACGGAAAAUGGCUCAACCCAAGAUGUUUUAUCUUGGGUGCAUAAUUUUGUUGUUGGCCAUCGUGGUUGAGGCAGCAAGUACUCCUCCAGGAAUUGCUAAAAAUCCUGCAAGAGCCUCAUGUAAGAAAAAAGAGUACAAGAUGUGCUACAACUUAGAACAUGUUUGUCCUAAAUUUUGUCCUGAUAGUUGUGAGGUUGAAUGUGCUUCUUGUAAGCCUAUUUGUUCUUCUACUUCUUCUAGUGAACAUCAUUCACCAUCUUCGUCCUCCUCCUCAUCAUCAGCGGCAUCCUCUGCUGCAUCAUCAGCGGCAUCCUCUGCUGCAUCAUCAGCAGCAUCCUCUGCAUCAUCAUCCGCAGCAUCAUCUGCCACAUCAUCUGCUUCAUCAUCAGCAUCUGCAGCAGCAGCUGUUGCUGCCGCCGCCGCCGCCGCUGCAGCAUCAUCAGCCUCCUCUGGUUCCUCAUCAUCAUCUGCAGGAGGCCCGGGAUCAUCGUCUCAUAAUUCAUCAACAUCACACUAUUACCCACCAUCGUCAACACCAUCCCCUAAGCCAUCAACCCCACCUCCCUCAUCACCCACUCCUAAACCACCAACACCUUCUCCUUCUACCCCAACACCGCCAUCAUCGCCACCACCUUCUACCUCUACUCCCACUACUCCCGCCACACCUUCUUCUCCUCCUAACUCUAAUGUUGGCUCUAGAAAUAGGGCUAGAUGCAGGAACAAGAACUACGGACAAUGUUAUAAUCAAGAGCAUGUAUGCCCAGCUAACUGUCCUACUUCAUGUCAAGUUGAUUGCAACACUUGCAAACCCGUUUGCAAUUGUGACUAUCCAGGAGCAGUGUGUCAAGACCCUCGCUUCAUCGGAGGAGAUGGUAUCACCUUCUACUUCCAUGGCAAGAAGGAUAAGGAAUUUUGCCUAGUGACCGACCCCAACCUCCACAUCAACGCACACUUGAUAGGAAAAAGAAACCAAAACAUGGGUCGUGAUUUUACUUGGGUUGAGUCCAUUGGAAUCAUCUUCAACAACCAUCGUCUCUUCUUUGGAGCCAAGAAGACAUCCACAUGGGAUGACGCCAACGACCGUCUCUCCUUGGCUUUUGAUGGAGAGCCCAUAUUCCUGGACGAAACAAUAGGCUCUCAAUGGUCGUCCAUCUCCAAGCCAGAAGUCACCAUAACAAGGACUAGUGAAACCAACAACAUUGUUGUUGAAAUCCAAGGCAAACUCAAGAUCACGGCUAAAGUAGUACCUAUUACUGACGAAGAUUCCAGGGUACACAACUAUGGCGUAACCGAUGAGGAUCGGUUUGCUCAUCUCGACCUAGGGUUUAAGUUUUACUCAUUAACCGGAAAGGUUGAUGGUGUAUUAGGGAAAACUUACAGGGAUGAUUACGUGAGCCGAGUGAACAUGAGAGUAUCGAUGCCGGUUAUGGGAGGAGAAAGAGAGUAUGCAACUAGCAGCAUUUUUGCCACUGAUUGUUUGGCUUCGAGGUUUGCUGGUGCACAAGAAGAAACUUCAUUAGAGACCAUGGAACUUGCUAGCAUGAACUGUGCUAGUGGUAUGAAUGGACGUGGUGUUGUUUGCAAGAGGUAAUUCAAUACUAAUAGAGGAUACUAAGGGUAUUCACAAAUACAAUUUCCAGGUCAUCGUCAUGGGAAAUUUAUUAAAUUAAUUAUUCAUUAAUAAAGUGUAUGCCUAAGCCUAAAUCUCUUACAAGAUUGUUCAGGCUUUCUAUUGUAUGGUAACUUAACGACCUUAUGCUUCUAAUAAGAAUCAUGAAGUUGUAAGAUUACUACGCUUACAAAUAUGUACUUCAUAUAAUUGAACUUAAUUCUUCUAUCUAUGGUAAAAUGUUGCAAUA